AUGAAAUUGCACCUGCGUGGACAUCUUCAAAUCCUUCCUCAGUUAGAUCAAAUGGCCGCCGUUCUUGUUGAAUCUGUGAUUGUGGGUCGCGAUCCGAUCAGUUACAAUCGCAUUAGUAGACAACACGCGCAAGUUAUCGAACGCGCAAUCGGCGACCUGAACAAAAUCACUGCCUACGUUGAAUCCAUGCAGCAAGAAACAGAGACGGCACUGAGCAUGAUAAAUGACGCAUUGGCCGAUGUCAGCAAACAAAAAAAGUCAGGAGAGACUCAAAAAUAUAUCGGAGGCGCGGCUGUCGGUGCCGGUACGGAAUUCAUCGCUGUGGGUACUGCGUCUGGUGUCAAAUUAGCCCUUACUAGUGCGGCAAUAAUGGCAAAUCCCGUUUUAGCGCUCAUGGUCACAGGCACUGUAAUAGGAGCUGGUGGUUUUGUCGCGUAUAUGAAGGGCGCAGCGAUCCAAGUCGAUUCAACUGAUUUAACUAAAACAUUGAAAGCAAUACAGGCGUCAUUUCAUCGAAUUCGGACGCUGACUGAGGAUCAGCGAACAUAUUUGCUAGAGAUGCAAGGGAAGUCAGCAAAAGGGAAGGCCUCAAUGAACGGAAUUCUUCAUGAGGGUGAGGGUGUGAGGGUGAGUAUUAUGGAAAAGAUAUAG